UACGCUAUACGGAAAUUAGGUUACUCGUUUGUCAGCGGGACAUAUCAUGGCAGCGCCCAUUUUCCAGGUUGAUCGUAAAUCUGGCCGGUAUUCGGAUUGGAAACAGGGCGUUUAUGAACUAAGUAUAUUCAAAUUAUUUAUAAACGACUGGUGAGGACUGAUUUCAUUGGAGUUAUCUGUAGGCCCUUGCAGUUUGCUGGCACAACUUUUGGCGAGUGUGUAGUUACGAUUAGUGCAGUGAAAAUUCAUCAGUUAAGUGCUUAAGAGAUCAUCAGCAUGGCGACAGCUCAACCUGGUGUUGAUUCAGGCUUCCGGUGGGAAACCAUCACCAAUGCGCUGGUCAAGCGUGUCUUCACAUCGAUGAUUACAGUCAACGGUCAGCUGUUUCUGAUUGGUGGCUCAGAUGCUCAGGGCAAAGGCACGGAUGACUUCCACUGUUACAACCCCAAGAACAAGAAGUGGGCACGUCUGUGUAACAUCCCCACAGCCAGAGCAGGGACUUGCGUGGUAGCGUUGGGCUCAACAAUCUUUGUGAUUGGUGGUGUGGGAGUGGAUGCCGUCCCUAUCGAUGCAGUGGAAUCCUUUGAUACCAGCAAUAAGAAAGGACAAUGGAAGAAGGACAUUAAACCCCUCGCUGACCGGAUACAAGGCCUGUCUGCUGUAGCAUAUAAUGACAAGAUCUUGGUAGUAGGAGGAAUGAAACCAGAUACAACGCCUUGUGAGAAAUGCCACGUCUUAGAUCCAGACAAGAAUCUCUGGCUAAGCCUACCUGAUCUGCCCACACCACGCUAUGCCAUGGGGACGUUCCUGAAGGGGGAUAAACUCUAUCUAGUAGGUGGACGGAUUGCUAGGACUAUCUGCCCGGCCGUCGAGGUGUUAGACAUUGUUGAGAGGAAGUGGACCAGCCUUCAGCCUGUACCUACCAAGCGUGCCUUCCCAUGUAACGUAUCCACAGACGGAUAUAUCUACUGCAUUGGUGGUCUCAAACCUAAUCCUAAGGAUGGGUUCUACAAAGUGGUCGAGGAGUACGACAUCGAGAAAGAUGAGUGGAGGGAGAUUGAGUCUAUGCAAUAUGAGAGAGGAGACUUCACUGCUGAUGUUGUGGGGGACAAAGUGGUAGUACUUGGAGGCAUGGGUCACAGUAAGGAGCCUCAUAGGAUAGGUGAAGUCUUAGAUCCAGAGACUAAGACAUGGAGUGCCUUACCUCCUUGCCCUACUUCUAGGAGUUCUGCUGCUAGUACGAUGAUGGAUGGUAAACUCUAUAUCCUAGGUGGCAUGACACCGUCUGGCUUAACACUAGCUGUGGAUGUACUCAGUGUUAAAGACAAAAGUACUGCACAGAAUGCUAACAGACAUGCUGGUAAAAGGCGCUGAGUGUUUUUUUAGAUAAAUACAGUUAGUCUGUACAAGGAGAUUAAUAUAUUCUUGCAGUGUGGUGAUUUCUAGGCUGUUUGGUAGAUCAGUACUCGCCAGUUGAUAAAGACAAUUUUGAAAAAGAGAUCUUUCAAUUGAUGGUCAAAACGAGACAGAAGAACUGUGUGAGGUAACCAGCUAAGGCCGGCAGCCAAAACACAUGCCCCCUCACCCCCCAAAAAUCCAACAUUGAUGAUCUGUGCAGUGGCAUACUUCUUUUAUUGAGGUGAAUCCAUAUUUGCACCUUUAAACAAUACCAUUACUAGAUUCCCAAUACUAGAUUUCCAAUACUAGAUCGUAGGUUAAUUCACUGGAUUUCCUGUGAACAGUUUUAGAAAUGGGUGAUUUUGAAAAUUGAAGAGUAGUUCUAAAAAUUGAAAUCAUGUUUUUGUUUGAUUACUUUACAAAAUUCUUGUGUGGAAUGCUUCUGCUUGAAACUAUUGAAUAUUUUGUUGUACUUUAACAGAACUUUAGUUUGUUUUUAUACCAUGAACUCGGCCAUUUAUUUGGUUUUCCUACAUAUAUGUACAGUUUGCCCAUUACUCCAAGCUUGCCUUUUGUGUUGAGGUUUUUGAAUUGUGAAAAUCCAACAUUCGCUGAAGUAUUAAUACAUAAAGAGCUAAAUGUCCCAUGGAGGUCCAAAAACUAAAAUGUGCAAACAGUUUGUAUUCCUGUCUCUAGAGGUACUUCUGGCUGAGGCUGUAAUACCGAGAAAUGCAUUAAUACUGCAUGAUGUGCUAGUAGCAUCACUUCUUCGGUCUUCUGAGGUAUCCUAUGGAGGCUGCUGACGGGCGGCACAGCCAAGUCCAAGUUACCCUGGGCUUGAGAAGAAUUGUGAUUUUCUGGGGACUCUGCUGAAAGCUAGAAAUAAGUAUUUUGGCUACAUACUCAUGGUAGAGGACCCUUGCUGGCAUAUACGCCAUGGGAGAAGGACUCCAGAGUGGUUUGUGAAGCCAGUGGUAGGGAGGAGCUAAUGUCCUUGGGAACAAAGAUGAUGCCCCUUGAAAAGGGAAGAGGUUUUUCUUGUGUCUGAAUGAAGAGGUCCUGGUUGCUGACUGCGUCUUGAUGUGUGGCGUUGAGCUCAAGGUGCCAGCUCAAGUUGGCUGAUGUUACCUAGGUUUCACGUUAGCCCAGGUGGACUCCCUUACCUCCCAACGUUACGGAGGCCAACAUCAUCCAAUCUGGGCUAGUUUCACAUUGAGCCUGAUGUUUGUGGCAGAAUUCCCCAAAUUCCCCACAGUGCCCCCAGGGUGUGGCUUUUUGAAUGUCAUGACUGGAAGUUGAAGGUAUUUGAAGUCAUGAUCAUACCGUUAACUACAAACUUUCAAUCAUGCUUGAUAGCACCUCAGUCUUUGAAGUGUCGAUGGUUAGGCCAAUUUGCCUGGUGGAUUGGGAUUGCCUGAAUAUCCCAACAGAAUUUUUGAGGGAGUAGAUGGCAUACCUAAUUCACUGCAUACUAAGGUUGUGUUAAGCAGACCAUUGGCGUGCAUAGUUACCUUCUCAAGGCAGAUCAUACUAGGUGCACAAACAAUAAUUCAUUGGUGUUGUCACAGCAAGUACUCAAACUCAUUUAAAAAACUGGCAAAUAUCACUUUCCAAAAACAAGUAUGGUGCUCUUAUGAGUGCCAUACCACUUAUUUAGAUGCCAAUAUAAGAGAAUGAUGACUCACUGAGACAAAAUAUCUUGCCAAGUUGGCUUCUUGAAUCCAAGAUGACGACUUGCUGGGAUAAAUAAUCUCUCACAAUGACUUGCUGGAUGUUGAGAUGAUGGCAUGUCAAGACAAAUGUUAAGUGUGACAUCAUCACUUUGUGCGUUCUUAUAAUUAUGUGAUACGAGAAAAAGAAACAGGGAAACAGCGUAUGGAAGCGAUUGACAUGGGAUUAGUACGUAUGAAUUUCCAUCUUUUCGCUGAAAAUUCCUCCAAUGUGAUAAUUAUAUCAACCUCUCAUUGAUUUAAUGAUGUUCCAGAAAUGUCACUUUGCUUUGGAAGCUUUUAAACAUGAAUUUUUUCACGAUGUAAAGUGAUUUUGAGCAUUUUGUGGCAUUAAAAGAUGACUUGGUUUCCUCAGCAGAAAUACAUAUACAUGUAUGCUUAGGCAUGUUGCUGAAACUGAAAUUGGAACAUGACCUCACGUAUGAACCGUAGUCAUAUACAUGUAUAUACAGAUAAUUAACACUUUUUCUGGAUGCAAUAUUAUCCAUAUUUUCUGGAUGCAAUGUUAUCCAUAUUUUCUGGAUGCAAUGUUAUCCAUAUUUUCUGGAUGCAAUAUUAUACAAAUACAGCAUGGUUUGAGGGAAAGUAGUGGGAAUUACUGGUCCCGAGGUGUAGGUCAGCUUUACUGUUGGCGUCGAGAGGUAGUCAAGCUGACCUACACCGAGGGACCAGUAAUUGCAACUAUUUUCCAAAAACAAACCACACUGUAUUUGUUUUACUACACUUCAUAAUUGCCUUUACCAAUAACAGCCUUUGUAGAUUUUGCAUCUAUAUUCAGCACAAGAUACUCAAGUUCCUCGUCAGCCAAUGAAUACUCUGAUGCCAACAGUCUUUAAUGUGUCUUUACUGCAGUAGUUACAAGGACUACAACAACAGACUGGUCCUGUAAAGAUUACAUGCCACAGACUUCAUGUCUACGUAGUGGGUUCCACAGGGAAUUUUUGAUGCUACCAGAAAAAAUACAGCAUGCCAGCGAGCUGGGCGCGUAUCAUUUUUACUUCCCGGAUGCACGGCGGAAUCGGCCAAUGACCUGCUCUGAUUUGGUCAUGAGGUGUAGUAAUAUAAUAUCACAACCCUUCUUUUCUGCAAAAACUCCUUUCUGACACUAUGACUAAACUCCUGAGACAAAUUACACCUUUGAAGGUAUCAAUCGAUUUGCAGCCGGAUUUAUAUUUGUAACCUGUGCACAUUGCUACAGAGAUCUGAGCAGCUGGCAAGUCCACAGCUGGUUAUCAGCUGUGGAAUCACCUAUCAGCUGUGGCUAUCAUCUCGCGUGCAAAAAACCCCCAGAGAGUGAGUUGAUUUCAAAACAUUCAUAUUAAGUAAAACCUCGGGCAAAAAUCAGCCACAAUGUCUUAAAGGUAUGUGGUUGAGAGGGGUUUAGAUGAUUAUCAGUAUGAAGUACAGUUAUUUAUUCCACCAAAAAGAAAGGGGAAAUGGUUGAAACUGUUAAUAACCAACAGUCAUUGAUUUCUGUACUGAAACGUAUCAAUACUACUUUAAGUGGGGAAAAUGCAAUAGCAAUUUUGCCUACCGACAGGUUGGACAGAAUUGAUGAUCGUUUUGCUCAUGUGUACAACACAUUGUUGAGAUCCUUAGCAUAGUUCAUCUCUGGAUGACAACAUCUUAAGGGUCAAGUCGAGUGGCUCGUGGAGCUCCUUUCACUCCUUAUAUGUAAUUCUUUAAGAUGUAAUGCUGUUACUUAAUGUGUGGUCUUUUAAUACAAGACAUUACAGUACUUUUUAAAACAUUUUUGUAUUAUGCAUUACUACUACGUGCCUAUUGUAUGUAAACAGCAAGAGCAACAUUCUUGUUUAUGGUGCUCCACGAGUGCCAUACCACUUAUUUAAAUACCAAGGCAAUUUAUGUCAUGUUGAGAUAUUGUAGAAAGUAAGGUGAAUUAUCUUUCUAAGUCAACAAAAUUAGGAUGAGGAUUUACCUCCAACAGUCGAGGUUUAAUACCGAAGUUGAUGUAACAAUUUGAUAAAUAUUCCCACCAAGUCAACUUAUUGGUGUCGAGAUGAUGACUUGCCAAGAUAAAUUAUAUCGUCAAGUCCGGUGUCAUAUGAAAAUCCGACUCCUAUGAAAAUCAGACUCCUUUUCCCUAUUAUUGAUUAAUCCCUCGCAUGUGACCGGUCACUCUCCCAUAAUGAUCCUAAAAGUAGUAUGUUAUCGUACUCACACAUGCGCAGUACCACCAUUGAGUCCACAUUUCAUGGAGUCAGACAUUCACGCACACCGGCUUAUUAGGCUCAGGAUGACGACUUUCAAA